AUGUUUGGUCCGGGCUGGUCUUUUUGCAACUGUCAAGUGAAUGUCAACUCAAUUUUACCCAGGACCACCCCAGGUGGUUUGCCACCGGAGGGGAAGAUAAACCAGCGUCUGCUGAUCACAACGGCCCACAUGCACUGGGACCCAGAGUUCUCGGACGUGAAGCUCAUCCAGACCAUGAUGCUCAUGUCUGAGCUGAAGAAGGUCGUAGAGGAGAGUAACGCAUCCAUCCAGUCCACUGAGCAAGGCGACUGUAAUUCCAUUCCUAUCAUCCUCUGUGGUGAUCUCAACUCCCUUCCUGAGUCAGGUGUGAUAGAGUACCUGCAGACAGGGAAGGUUCCUAGCAACCACAUUGACUUCAAGGAGCUUGGUUACGAGGCCAGUCUCCAGGCCUUCAACUGUCACGACACAUCCACACAUCUUACACAUAUGUUCCGCCUUGCUAAGGCAUACGAGGACAACAUAAUGAAAUACACUAAUUACACGUUUGAGUUUAAGGGUAUUAUCGACUACAUCUUCUACUCUCGCAAAUACAUGAACCUGCUUGGUGUACUUGGGCCUAUGGAUGAGAACUGGUUUAUUGAGAACAAGGUUGUUGGCUGCCCACACCCGCAUAUCCCCUCGGAUCAUUUCUCGCUGUUUGUCGAGUUUGAGAUGCCUGUGCCGUACCCAGACAUCAAUACCAUUCUCAAGGAAGAUUCUCACAAGCCAAGCUCCCUCGGUGCAAUUGGCAGUGGCGUCCACAGGGAAAAUAAAAACAGAUAGCUCCUCCGCUGUGUCCUUCAAUGCCCUUAUUCAUUAUUGGAAUGUGUACUGGUCUCUGCCAUUGAGAAGGGAAAUUCAUUCACCAGGUGUUGAUGCUCCUGUCACUUUCAGGUCUUUCAUUUUUUGUCAUUUUUUUUCAAAAGUAUCAAUAAGAAAUCAACAAUCUUGUUUUGAAGAAAAGGUUAAAAAGUUAUUUUUAGAAAUGAAGUGUAAAAGGAUUUAAGCAUUAAAACAUGGUUUUAUAAAUUAUGUUGUACAGAUCUUGUUUCAUGUAUUUGAGAAAGUGUAGAUUUGCUCAAAAAUGUUGUUCAGGUCAACUAUUUGAUGUUGUAUUUUUACCAGCCAACAAAUGACACAAGUCGUUGAAAAUAUAAAAGACAAUGUUUUAUCAGAAUUAACCUUAAUAUAAGAACCUAAGCAACCCUAAAUACGAUUAAUCUUACCGAAGGACCAUACUUUGUCAGUGCAACACCAUAUAUUUUAAGAUGUCUUUGAGCAUUAUUGAUUAUAUAACUAUACAAACUAAGCAAUCAUAAUAUCCAGACUUAGACAAGGGUGUAAUCCACUGAUUAUAAUGUUGUAAUUCCAGGUUGGCAUAAUGUCCAGUCUACUGACAUGUUCUAGGGCAUUAGUCCAAACAUUUAGUACCAGUAUAAAUACAGAUAAUGAUCAAUUCUCUCCGGUGACCAGUAUUAAUGAUCCCAUUGUUCUUAUAUAUCUUCAACUAUGAUUUAUUUGGUGCUUUGCCAUUUCUCCUCAACACUGUUGUUUAGAUAUGAUAUUUAAGGUCAGAACUGGCUGUCUUCUCUGUGUUUCCAAGCUUUUAAGGGGCGGGAGGGGGGGGGGGG